AUGGAUAGCGAUCCGUCGAACCAAUAUUAUCUCUAUCUUGUGGAGAAACUUGAUGACAGUCCGGAGACGCAGUCGUUGGAGGACAUAUUAGGUUCUUCUUUGGGGACUGUCGGAUCUCGCAUGGCCCGCGCAGGCUGUAUGUUGAGAGGACGGAAUCGCUUGUUCCUGGCUGCGACUCUUGCCUCAACCGUGCUUCGUUUCCACGGAAGCUGGCUCAAACCCGAAUGGAGGAGCCGGGAUAUCCUGUUUCCAAAAAAGAUGGGAAACGGUAAAUCCGUGAUCGAACAACCUUACCUGUCCGGUCACCAGAUAGCCCCCUUCGGUGCGACGGUGCCGACCACAAGCACUUCGACAAGCGCGCUCAUUCGCAAUGAAGUCUUGUUUCCGCUUGGACUGGCAUUGGUCGAACUCUCUCUUUGCCAGACCAUUUCCGCUCUGAGGAUUCCCGCAGACGAUGACCCCGUGGAAGCAAACGCAAACCUGAAAACUGCCGUCCGGGUUCUUGACGAUGUCUACUUGGAGAGCGGCGGCCACUACGGCGAUAUAGUGGCCAAGUGCCUCUUUUGGACCGAAACCAGAAAGUCAAACAUUGGCGACGAGUUCCAACAGCUGGUCUUCCAAAACAUUGUCUCACCACCUUUCGAUGAUCUCAAAGUCUUUGAAGGGAGAUCUCGUGUCUUUUAA